CAAAGAUUCGAGACUGCUUCGAUUCAAAAUAACACGUCUUCAGCUGUUCUAUAAAAAUAGAAUACAUCCUUUAUCCUUUUCUCCUUACGAUACUCAUCGCUUUACUCAUAAUGGAUCUACCAAAGUGGCAAGACCGGAAUUCGGUUCUCAACCCGCAAAGAACCAAGCGAUUCACACUAUUCGUCGUCUUUUUAUUCGUUUCAGUAGCUAUCAUCUUUUCCUUACGCCAAUAUCCAGACUCAUUCAAUAAGCUUCAAUGGUCUUCAACACCAGAAACUGUCAAGACAAACACAAGCGUUCAACAAAUUACAGAAGCAUACAUUCACAAUAGCAAUCAGACAAUCAGCAGCACUUCUCCGAAAAAACCCGCCAGGAUAAUAAAAGUCACUGCCGCUUAUGGAAAAGGUGCAAUCAUUCAAGAUGAAAAGACAAAAGCAGCCGUUACAACUCGAGAACGCAUUUUACAAACGCACAUCGAUCAUGCCAACAGGAAUGGCCAUAUUCAAUUCGUUCAGAGGUCAGAUAUUAUGGGAAAUAUAAUGACAAAAAUUGGUACUGUAUUGAAGGUAUUAAUGGACGAAAUGGCUAAACCUGAAGAAGAACGAUCAGAAUGGAUUUGGGCACACGACGCAGAUAUGGUCAUCAUGAAUCGCAUGUUAAGUCUCGAAGCCUUCCUACCGCCAAAAGGUAAAGAUUAUAACCUACUCGUAACCUACGAUGGUAACGGGCUAAAUAUUGGCUCCUUUUUCAUCAAGAUUAAUACUUGGUCGGUCUACCUUUUAAGUGCUGUAUUAGCAUCUCCACAAUUGGGACAGGCAACAGGUUCUUUAUAUCCAGAUCAAGAUGUUAUGGGUCAAUUGAUUAAGCAUAAUAAAUAUUUCAAGGACAAAUCCGUUGAGAUCCCUCUCCGUUGGGUCAAUGCCUACCCGGAGACGUGGAGUAGCAAUGCAUUCCGAAAAGGCGAUUUACUCGUUCAUUGCAUUUGGAUUUCAAAGAAAGAUUUACCUUACUAUCUUGACAAAUCCGAAAGUCUGAAUCCUGAUCUCAAUACGUUGCCUUCACUUUCGGGAUUGGAAACAAACAUAACAAAGUUCUGGCAUGGUUCUCUACCGCUGGAGCAGCUAUCUUGA